UGGGGUGCAGGAGGCAGCUCUGGGUUUGGGGGGGUCAGGGCAGGGGCUGGGGCGUGAUGUGAUCAGAACACAGCUCAAAGCAGCUGGGAUUGGGCUAAACACAGACAGCGCCGCUCCCGACCCUCCAGUGCUGUGACUCUCCGAACCCCCCAUGUCCCCUUCUGCACCCCUGCCAGAGCCAAACAGGAGCUGGGCCCCGCCCGGGGUGGCUGGCCAGGGGAAUCGCCAGCAGGAGCAGAGCAGAGGGAAGGAAGUUUUAUCCCUGGACCCGGACACGGCUCACCCUAACCUGGAGAUCUCGAAGGAUGGGAAGGAGGUGACAUGCGUCAGUCAAGAAAGGUUUGUCGACUCCAGCCCGAGGCGAUUCGACACGGCGAACUGCGUGGUGGCCAAGCAGAGCUUCUGCACAGGGCAGCACUACUGGGAGGUGUUCGUGGGCUGGAAGCCGCGCUGGAACCUGGGCGUCGUCUCGGACCGAGCCAGGAGGCAGGGGAGGUUGAUCAGCAUGAAGUGGUGGCCAUGGCCCCCGAGCAAGGUCUGCGCCGAGGGCUACUGGCUGAUCGGCUACGACCAGCAGAAGGCCAGGAAGAAGUACUGGAUAUUUGACACUAAUCCAUGGCCCCUGGAUAUCCAUCCCCACCCUGAGACCAUCGGGGUCUACCUAGACUACACGGAUGGGGAGGUGUCCUUCUACAACGCUGAUCACCCCAACACACUAACCCACAUCCACACUUUCCACACGUCCUUCGACAACAAGCCCAUCUACCCCAUCUUCGACCCCUGCUGGCACGACAAGGGGGGCAACACGCAGCCCCUCAAGAUCCUGUGAGCUGCCAGCUCCGUGGCAUCCCAGGGCGCCUCGUCCGAUGGCCACCGCUCGGCAUAUUUAGGUCUGCCCCUCCCGGGGACUUCCCUUGUCUGUGGGCCGAAGAAGGACAGAAAUUGUCACUGUCCCAGAGACAGGGGUGGAUCCCUCCAGCUCGAUCACUUAUUGUCACCAGCUGCUUCAGCAACACCGUUGAGGCCAGUAAGAGAAUAACCCACCCUUACUGGACAUUUCUUCCUGACCGCCAAUAGGCAAAGGUGGCUUUACAGCCCUGAAGCAUGAACAUUGGGAGCUCUCACGCCAUUUUGCUCCUAACAGAAGUCGGGAUGUUCCCAUAAUCCCUAUAAACCUCCCCUGGUUUUCUGACCCCCUCGGCUGCCGCGCCAUCCUGUAGCAGUGAGUUCCGCUGGCUCGUCGUCGCUGUUCUCCUGCACGGCGCUAAGAGAUUGUUAAACAAGCUGGGCCGCUGCAUGGCACAUGGGAUACACUUUAUGGUGUUAUUAAUGCCAAUACGUAUCAUUACGAUGACUCUGAGCAGAGAGGCCAUGUACAGGGUCAGUGAAAACGUCAUGAUUGGCCAAGGAGGAUGAUGUUGUUUAUCACCUUUGUAUGGUGAGUUACAGGUGUGUGUGGGGAGGGUAGAUCUGGUGACACCCCCCGACAGAUUGGCAGCAGCACCAGUCAGUCUGUCCGAUGGUCCAUCACAGGCCAUCAGCUGGACAACGAAGGCGCUUGCAGAAGCCUUGUAGGGCCAGGCCCGUGGACAAGAGACUCCAAGAGCUUCUCCAGGCCCACGCGCUGUGUGUUUGGGACAGAGGACGGACAAGCCGUAUGGCAAAGCACAUGGCAGCUGCAUCAGCUCCAGUUUGUCUCAAUCCUGCUUCCCACCUCCGGAAUCACUGCUCUGCCAACAAAGCUCUGAGCAAGGAACGGACUGACC